GAGAUUUAUCGUAGAAAGUGUUCGGACAGAAGCUGGUCCUCCUCAUAAGGACCCGUUCAAUGCGAACCACAUGAUGAAUAUCACCAUCUUCUACUCCUAAAACUACUCUCACUUUUAACUCUUUCAUUCUCCACAUUCCACGCGUAACUCUAACCAUCUUAUCCUCAAAAAUAACUAAAACAGUAUAAAAAAAUAAAUAAACCUUUACGUCCACUUCACCCCACUUUCACACAUGCAAACAACCAACUAUGUCUUCACCCAAAUCAAAGCAGAGAACUACAAAGUGCCACCACCGCCACCACUUCCACCACUGCCAUCUCUGUCGCACAUCACCCCGGCGACUUUGAUAUUCUCCACCAUGGCAGUCGCCGCCUUCUGCUUCAUAGGUGUCGGUGUCGUCUACUUCUGCAAGUGCUGUUUCAAGAACAUCUCCCCCACUAACACAAUCGUUCGUAUCUCUCCUCCCGACUCUCCCCACAGAGGCCUCGACCCUUCUCUGCUAAGGAUGUUCCCCACGUUCCUCUACGCCACCGUCAAGGAUCUCCGCACGGAGAAGAAGUACUCACUCGAAUGCGCCAUUUGCUUGCUGGAGUUCGACGACGACUGCAUUCUGCGUCUCUUAACACCCUGCUGCCACGUUUUCCACCAGGAUUGCAUCGACUCCUGGCUCCGAUCACACAGGACUUGCCCCGUUUGCCGUACGGAUCUCGAUACUCAGGCAAGUAACACCGACGCGCAGAGACCUGAGCAAAACGAGGAGAAUAUGGAGCACGAGAUAAGCGAUCACGUGAGCGUUGAUGUGAAAGAAGGCGAUGAUGGAGACGAGAGACACGGUGAUGGUGAUGAGGGAGGUUCGAUGAAUGUGCGCAUGCAGCGAGACAAGUUUGCAAGUGCACGUUCACACUCGACGGGGCAUUCCAUAGUUAUGGUUAAUGACGACAACGACGAUGCUAAAUACACUCUGAGAUUGCCCCAAGAUGUGGCUUUGAAAAUUGUAAGAGGGCAUCAUCACUCCAAGAGUUGUUCUAGUUACAAAGACAUGGCAGGGCCUUCUUUUGCACCUUGUAGUAACUGUGGUUAUGUUCAAACUCUUCUUCAUAGCUCCAGUAAUGCUGUAAACAAUACUUAA